AUGGCCGCCAUGAAAUCAGAAAUCGAAGACGCCUUAAAAUCUGAGGCUUUCCAGCAACUUCUUCAAUUGGCUAUCCAGGAAGCGCUAAAUGUUGCAGUGUUGAAAAUUAUUGAACCUAUGAUGAAAACGAUAGCCGAAUUACAGGAGAAAAUUACAUCUCUAGAAUCGCAGCUAGUGAGGGUUGAAAAUAUGGCGAAUGACAACGAGCAAUACUCGAGGCGUCACAAUGUUAGGAUCUCAGGGUUUGAAGAAGAGAGAAUUGAAGAUUGUAUUACAAAGGUUGUCCAGUUUUGCAACGAGAAAUUAAAAGUUGACUUAUCUGAUCAAAAUAUUGAUAGGGCACACCGAGUUGGGAAACCAAAGGAAAAUCGAUCUCGCGCGAUCAUUGUUCGUUUCAAGUCACACAAAGACAAAAUAGCUGUGCUGAGGCAACGAAAGGAGUUGAAGUCUACGAGAUUUUACGUCAAUGAAGAUUUAACAAGCAGAAAUCAGCAGUUACUUUACUGUGCAAGGAAAGAUUGCAAAAAUGCAGCUUCAGCCUGGUCAAGGGAUGGUAAAAUUUUCGUUAAGAGGGCGUCCGAUGAGAAAAUAUUUAAAAUCGUUUCAAUGAGUGAUUUUUUACAAAACGGCUUACUUAAUUUUGCAUAUUAA